AUGUCCUUCGAAUCAGCUCUGCAUUCGAUGCAGGGUCAUCCUUGGAUAACCUUGAUCGCUGCAUUGUUUGCUUACACUACACUCAUCACACUGUACAACCUGACUCUGCACCCCCUCGCCAAAGUGCCAGGUCCGCGGCUCUGGGUGCUGACCCGCAUCCCGUACAUUCGCGCCCUCGUCCGUGGGACUUUCAUCCACGAUUUGGAACGGUUACACCGCAUGUACGGGCCUGUGCUUCGCGUAUCGCCGAACGAGGUCAGCUUCGCGUGCGCGGAGGCGUACAACGAGAUCCUGCAGCCCCGACCGACCCGGUAUUUUCAGAAGGACCCAAUCUGGUGGGAUUCCCUGGCGGGCAAGGAGAAGUGGGUAGGCAAUCUGUACGGUGCGGCGGAGCAUUCGCAUGCCCGGCGCUUUCUCGCUGCGGGGUUCACACCGCGUGCGUUGAAGGCACAGGAGCCCAUCUUGCAGAGAUAUGCGAAUCUACUGAUCGAGAGGCUGGGCGAAAAGAUCGGUCGUCGCAAUUCUGUCACGGGGGCUGGCAAGCAUGGCGCGGACAUCGAUAUCGUGCCAUGGAUGAACUUCACCACCUUCGACAUCUUUGGUGAUUUGUCGUUCGGAGAGUCCUUUGAGUGCCUUCAGGAAACACAGUACCAUCCCUGGAUCUCGAUGAUGUUUGCGCAUGUCAAGGUGGCCUCGGUCAUUGCUGCUACUACAUUCUAUCCAUGGAUGAAUUGGGCGCUGAUGAAGUGCAUCCCUAAGAGCACGAGGGAGCUGCAGCGUCGCCACCACGAGAUGAUCAAGGACAAGGUCAAGAGGCGAUUGAAUUGGGAGCUGGAAAGGCCGGAUAUCAUGUCGUACGUGGUGGGGAAUGGUAGCGAGAAAAAGCAAAUGGGCGGCAUGUCAUUUGACCAACUGUCAACUGCAUUCUCGCAUUUAGCCAUUGCGGGAAGUGAAACGACCGCGACCGCACUAAACGGGACGAUCAACUACCUGGUCCAGACUCCAGAUAAACUUGGUAGAUUGGUCGAUGAGAUCCGAGGCAGUUUCACGAAUAUGGACGACAUUAGUCUGGAUUCCUUGAGGGGUCUCCCUUACCUCAAUGCGGUUCUCAACGAGGGGUUGAGGUUGUGUCCUCCGAUCCCAUGGAUUCCGGGCAGAUUAGCUCCUGCUGAGGGUGCUUCGGCUUGUGGAUAUUUCCUUCCCGGUGGCACACACGUUUCCAUCCAGUCCUAUACCCUGAACCGUGAUCCAAAGUACUUUACUAACCCUAAGUCAUUCGCUCCGGAGAGGUGGCUGCCAGAGUGCAAGGAGGAUCCGCACUCCCUGUACUAUAACGACAACCUGAAGGCCUUGCAUCCUUUCGCCGCCGGGCCUCGCGCUUGUCUCGCACAGAAUCUGGCCUGGUCAGAGAUGCGGCUAGUCCUGGCGAAACUCAUGUGGGCAUUCGAUUUCUCGGCGGUCGAGGAUAGGCAGGUAUCAUGGGAAGACCUACGGACGUACCUGUUGGUCGAAAAAGUUCCUAUUGUUGUCAAUAUCAAGCAGCGAGGCGACUUGUAA